AAGGUAUACUCCGGCGACACUGUGCAAGUGGAUGUGUUUAUUCGGGAAGGAUUGUUGUUUUCGAAUGAUUUAUUAGUGACACCCUCGUACGUUGUUUGGAAACUUAUCCUGUUUAGGACGAUAUCGAUAGACAAGAAUGGCGUUCUUCCAGAUGGGUUUGAAUACUCACGCUAUCCCUAUGGCGUUGUUCCGUGACAAUCGUGCAAAGGUGACCAACGAACUACAGCGCGUUAACAAAUUUGGCGAGCAGUCCAAACCAUUCAUUUUGCUGCAGGGAGGAGAUAACAUUAGUCAUUACGACACGGACGUAGACUAUGUUUUUCGACAGGAAUCCUAUUUUACCUAUCUGUUUGGUGUGACUGAACCCGGAUGCUUUGGAACAGUAGAAGUAAAAACUGGACGCAGCACGCUGUAUGUGCCAAGACUGCCUGAAGAGUACGCCGUGUGGAUGGGCCCGCUUCUUGGGUUGGAGGAUUUCAAGAGAAAGUAUGAAUUGGACGCAGUAUUUUAUGUGGAUGAGAUUUCAGAAUGUCUUGCAAAUAAUGACCCUUCAGUCCUGCUGCUUUUGAAUGGACCUAACUCUGAUAGUGGAUCCGUGACAAAGCCAGCAAAUUUUAAAGGCAUCGAAAAGUUCGUCGUGGACACCGACAUUCUUUUCCCGAUUAUUGCAGAAUGCCGCGUCUUAAAGUCUCCCGCUGAAAUAGAAGUUCUGCGAUAUGUAGCACGCGUCUCAUCAGAGGCGCACAAGGCGGUCAUGAAGGCGAUACGGCCGGGUAUGUACGAAUACCAGGCGGAAGCCGAAUUCCUACGCUAUUCUUACGCGGUUGGUGGUUGCCGCCACGUAUCGUACACCUGUAUCUGCGGGGUCGGCACAAACUCGGCUAUUUUGCAUUACGGACACGCCGGCUCUCCUAACGACUGCGCCAUACGCGAUGGUGACAUGUGCCUGUUUGAUAUGGGCGCCAAUUAUGGUGGAUACGCCGCGGAUAUUACAUGUAGCUUUCCUGCAAAUGGUAAGUUCACUGCCGACCAAAAGUUGAUCUAUAACGCGGUUCUGGCCGCGCGUAAUGCAGUUUGCGGUGCUGCACGGCAGGGGGUUUCGUGGGUUGAUAUGCAUCUUCUGGCCAACCGAGUGAUGCUCGAGGAGAUGCGCAAGGGGCAACUGCUGCAAGGCGACAUAGAGGAGAUGAUGGAAGCGGGCUUGAAUGCCAUUUUCCAACCCCACGGACUUGGGCACUUUUUGGGGCUGGAUGUGCAUGACGUUGGCGGAUAUCUGCCACAUUGUCCGCAACGAGCAACCAAAGCGGGCAUCAAUCGUCUACGUACGGCACGCACCUUGAUGGCAGGAAUGUAUUUGACCAUCGAACCGGGUUGUUACUUCAUUGAACCGCUGCUCAACAAAGCGUAUGCGGAUCCUGAGAUGAGUAAAUUUCUAGUUAAAGAAAAUCUGGAUCGUUUCCGCAAUUUUGGCGGGGUGCGCAUCGAAGAUGAUGUAUUGAUCACGGAAACAGGCAUAGAGAACUUCACGCUUGUUCCAAGAACGGUGGAGGAAAUUGAAGCCUGGAUGACAAAAUGAAUAGCCAACGGCACCGGACGGUUUGAGAAACAGUUGGAGAUGUUAAAAAUAAAUACUUUAGGGUGGAGGGUACGGUUUUUUCUUUAUUAUUAUAGAGUUCAAUCAUUGCAAUAUUGUUUUUAUAUCCCUUUGAAUAAAUGAUUAUAUGCAUUGAUAAUUCUAUAAAGUAC